AUGAACUCAUCAUUUAUGUGGGCGUUUUGUAUGAUUUUGGUUAUGGCUCUCUCCCACUUUCAAGGUGGUCAAGGAGAAGAAGCUCUAUCAGAUAUUGGUGUCAAUUGGGGUGCAAUGGCUUCUCAACCUUUGUAUCCUCCUGUUGUGGUGAAUCUGUUGAAAGAAAAUGGAAUUAGUAGAAUAAAGCUUUUUGAUGCAGAUCCUUGGACUGUUAGUGCUUUUUCUGGCUCAAACAUUGAAGUCAUGGUUGGAAUUCCUAAUGAAAUGUUGAAGAAACUGUCUAAAGAUAAAGAUAAUGCAGAAGAUUGGGUUAAACAUAAUGUUAGCAAACAAGUUAAGGGAGGGGUCGACAUCAGAUAUAUAUCUGUAGGAAAUGAGCCAUUCUUGAAAAGUUUCAAUGGUUCGUAUGUGGGGAUUACACUUCCAGCUAUGAAGAAUGUUCAAAGGGCACUUAAAAAGGCUGGUCUUGGAGACAAAAUCAAGGUAACAUCAGCUUUAAAUGCUGAUGUUUAUGAGUCUGCUACAGAUAAACCAUCUGAUGGAAAAUUCCGCAAAGACAUUUAUGAUGUUAUGGAACAAAUAGUGUCAUUUCUUGACGAAAACAAGUCACCCUUUCUUGUUAACAUAUAUCCAUUCCUUAGUCUAUAUCAGAAUGAUAAUUUUCCAAAGGAUUAUGCAUUCUUCGAUGGUAAUGCUAAGGGAACUGAUGACAAAAAUGUGCAUUACAGCAACAUGUUUGAUGCAAACUUAGACACUCUUGUUUGGUCGCUGAAGAAAACUGGUCACCCUAAUGUGACAAUCGUUAUAGGUGAAGUUGGAUGGCCAACAGAUGGUGAUAAAAAUGCCAAUGGAGAAAAUGCAAAAAGGUUCUACCAAGGGUUUCUUAAGAGAAUGGCAAACAAAAAAGGGUCACCACUUCAUCCAAAACCUAUGAUUACUUAUCUGUUUUCUCUUACUGAUGAGAAUCAGAAAAGCAUUGCACCAGGUGACUUUGAACGCCACUGGGGCAUUUUUACAUACGAUGGGAAGCCAAAGUUUUCAAUUGAUUUUUCUGGCAAAGGACAAGAUAAAAAGCCAAUAGCAGCAAAAGGGGUUAGUUACCAAGAACACAAAUGGUGUGUCCUUAAACAGGGAACCAAGCAGGGUGUGCAAGAUGCAUUAGCUUAUGCUUGUUCAAUGGGUGAUUGCUCAAGCUUGGGUUUUGCUCGUUCUUGUGCAGAUUUAACUUUAGCUGGUAAUGUUUCAUAUGCUUUCAAUCAGUACUUUCAAAUAAACGAUCAAAGUGUUGAGGCAUGUGAUUUCAAUGGAUUAGCAGAGAUUGUACAAGAUGACCCAUCUAAAGGAAAUUGUCGCUUUCCUAUAGCACUUAUGAGCAGUGCAAACAUUCUUAAAGCAAUGCAACAUCUGAGGCUAUAUUUAAUUGGAUUUACCAUCAUUUUCACAUUUUGUCUGUAG